UCCUAAAAUCCUGUUCUUAUACUUCUUUCCCAAUUCACAGACAUAUUCCUGCUAUUCCUCUUCCUGCCUGCCCUGCAUCAUUAAACUCUAUCCACUUCAUUUUCCAUUUCAAUCAAUUUCCUGCAAUUCCCACUUCAAAAAACCAGUCUUUAUUCAUUGAAUUCAAAACAUACAUAUAUAUAUAUGUGUGUGUGUGUGUACUUGUGCGUGCGUGUGUGUAUUUAUCUAUGUAUGUAUGUAUGUAUGUUUGUAUAGUAGUAAACAGUCCAGGCCUCCUCGUAUUCUCAUUCCCUGACAUCCUCAAUCUCUUCGAAUCGAAUUAAGUAAUCACAUACAGAUAUAUCCAUGGCGAAACCCCUUCUCCACGGCAAACCCUCACGCGACAGGCCGUGCUACUCCUUCUGCGUUGCAGUCAUCGGCGUCGUUAUAUUAUUCUGGACUGUAUGGACCCUCACCGACUCCUUACCCACCUUCUCCGCGAUUCUGUCCGUACAGGACACGAAGGAGAAGGACUGUCUGAACCUAAACCAGGCGGCGAAACAUGAGCCGUCCGAUAAGACCUUCUACGAUGACCCGGAUCUACGCUACACCGUCGAUCAAAGAAUCGACGGCUGGGAUGAAAAGCGACGUGAUUGGCUGAAGCAUCACCCGGCGUUCCUCGCCGGCGCAAAUAACCGAUUGCUUGUCCUCACGGGAUCGCAGCCGUCCACGUGUAAGAAUCCCGGCGGAGAUCAUUUGCUGCUGAGAUUCUUCAAGAACAAAGCCGAUUACUGCAGGAUUCAUGGGUACCCAAUUUUUUACAACAAUCUUUUAUUACAUCCUAAGAUGAAUUCGUAUUGGGCAAAAAUUCCGGUCGUCAAAGCCGCCAUGUUAGCCCACCCGGAAGUGGAGUGGAUCCUCUGGAUCGAUUCGGAUGCCAUUUUUACAGACAUGGAAUUCACGAUUCCUUUCGAGAGGUACGAGGAUCAUAACCUCGUAAUCCAUGGCUGGCCUGACAUGAUCUACGAGAAGAAGAGCUGGGUCGCUGUGAACGCCGGAAUUUUCCUGAUCCGUAAUUGCCAGUGGUCGAUGGACUUUAUGGACACGUGGGCCCAAAUGGGCCCAAUAAGCCCAGAUUACGAUAAAUGGGCCAAAAUCCUGACUGAAACCCUAAAGGACAAAGCGUUCCCAAAUUCCGACGACCAAUCGGCGCUGGUGUAUCUGCUUUUGAAGGAGAAGCGGAAAUGGGGGGACAGAAUCUACGUCGAGAAUACCUACGAUUUGCACGGCUACUGGCUGCCGAUCGUCGAUAAAUUCGAGGAAUUCGUCGAGGAAUACGAGGGGAUUGAGAGGAAGGAAGCGCGGCUGAGGCGGCGGCACGCGGAGGUGGUUACCGAUGCCUACGCGGCGGAGCGUAAUCGUCAAUUGGAUAGCAGCCGGCGCCGGCGCCGGCGGCCGUUUAUCACGCAUUUCACCGGCUGCCAGCCGUGCAACGGCGAGCAUAAUCCGGAUUACAAAGGCGAUUCGUGCUGGGUAGGGAUGGAAAGGGCGCUGAAUUUCGCGGAUAAUCAGGUGCUCCGGAGUUUCGGGUUUGGGCACCCGGAUUUGAGAAACGGAUCCUACGUCAGGCCAUUGCCGUACGACUAUCCACGGCGUCAAUAGCAAGCACGGAGGAAGUUACUGUUACUGUUACUGUUACUGCUGGUUGGUAAGGAUUCUUAAUUCUUUCCAUCUUUACUGAUCCAUGGAGAAGAUCGAUAGUGAUAGAAAGAUAUACAUAUUUCGCAGCUGUUUUUUUUUUUUUUACCCUGUUUCAAUAUCAAUAUGGUGUCGCUUUCUGGUUUUGAUGAUCGGAGAAGGCCGGCGCAGACAAAUUGUGAAAUCCCUUAAUUAAUGGCAACUUUUGUCUUCUCCAUCUCCUUUUUCUUUCUCGCCACUGUUCUGGACUUUUAAAAAUUGAAUCUUGACCGACUGUUGCAACAUCAGACAGAGAAUUGCUGCUGUGAUGGUGGUGCAAAUAAAUUAUUAUAAUCAUUGGUUGUGCAUUCCCCUUAAUUGCAGGCAAUUUUAGACCUUUUUCUUUCUUUCUUGGUUCUUUAACAUGGAAGUGGAUUGAUGCAGUGAGUGGUGCCCCUAAAUCAGGCUAAUUUGGCGGGCACGCAUUGUAUUGUGUUCUUGAAAACUUCACUUAAAAAAGACAAUUUUUGUGUGUGCUUUUACAUAAUUGGUGCCUCCAUGUCAUAAUUAUACUGCUGCUUU